AUGUCCAUGUCCUCAGACUUCGUCAUCGGCCUCUCCAUUUUGUUGCGGGGCACAGUGCAUGAAAAACUCAGCUGGGCUUUUAACCUCUAUGACAUCAACAAGGAUGGCUACAUCACCAAGGAGGAGAUGCUGGCCAUCAUGAAGUCCAUCUAUGACAUGAUGGGCCGCUACACCUACCCGAUCGUGCGGGAAGACGCUCCCUUCGAGCACGUGGAAAAGUUCUUCCAGAAAAUGGACAAGAAUCAGGACGGCGUGGUCACCAUCGAAGAGUUCUUAGAGACCUGUCAAAAG